AUGAGCCUGCCUCUGAUCCUCCCGCCCAUCAUUCUAGGCGGUGCCGGCUUUAGCCAUCAAGUUUAUCGGAAUCCCAACGCAGCCCAGGCACUACAAGUUCUCAAACGCGCAUUAGAACUCGGGCUACGAGCUAUCGACACAUCAGCAUACUACCAUCCCUCAGAAAUUCUCCUCGGCGAAGCGCUCUCCCACCCAGACAUCACCAAUCUCUACACACGCGACCAAUAUGUCCUCAUGACCAAAGUCGGGCGCAUCGCCGCCGACAAAUUCGACUAUUCUCCCACCUGGGUCAGAAGCUCGGUAUUUCGAUCAUUGCAGCGACUGCGAACUGACUAUCUCGACGUCGUUUUCUGCCAUGAUGUCGAAUUCGUCCCUGAGGACGAAGUCAUCGAAGCUGUCGGCGUGCUCUUCCAGAUGGCUGGAGAAGGCCAUAUCAGACAUGUCGGUAUAUCGGGGUAUCGCACCGAUAUCCUCAUGCGCCUUGCCCAUCGCGUCCGAGAAGAAUUCUCCCGGCCUCUGGACAUUGCACAAAAUUGGGCUCAGUUGACGUUACAAAAUGAUGGACUUGCGGAAGAUCUGGAUGAGUUCAAGAAGGCGGGCGUCUCAUGCAUCUGCAGCUCAAGUCCAUUGGCCAUUGGUCUACUCCGCACGAAUGGUGUACCUGUCGGAGACUUGGGCGACUUUCAUCCAGCGCCGCAGGGGCUACGAAUCGCGUCGAAGCUGGCGGCUGAUUAUGUUGCGGCGAAAGGGGACGAUCUUGCUGCACUCGCACUACGUUAUUCUAUCCGUCGUGCGCAAUCUUUGUCGAGUCCUGAUUUUCGCGUGACGACGAUUAUGGGGAUCACGACUAUUGCGGAGCUGGAAGAUAACCUCGCGACGGCAAGACAGGUCCUUCCAGUCACUGAGUCACAGUGGCGCUGGGUUGCAGAAGCUGGCCCCUCUACAGAUGCUGUUUCAAGUCAGGUCAAGAAGGAUGAAGAGUUGAGUGCGGGUGUGAAGGACAUUUUGGGCCCUUGGUAUGGAUAUUGUUUUCCCAGUCCAGGAGACGGCUGGGACGUGGCUACUAAAAUGCCCGUCCCAUCGAGGAUUUGA